GUAUUGAAGUGCACACAUUGCCACCAGAACAUCCUAAAUGGAAGAAGCGAGCUGACUGGAUAUCCAAAGACUUUUGUGGCCCAAAAACCAUGAGGUCAAUGCUGGCAUCAAUGCUCAGCUUUUGUAAUGGCAAUUCAGAUCAAGACAUCAUUUGUCACUGGUGUCUACCAGGUUGCUGCGCAAAUCAUUCGGAAUGUGUUGCCAAGCUUUUGCAGUACGUGAUUGGUUUCUUCUCCUGCGGAUACCCAACACCCUUAUUAUACAGAUUCAAACACUUUGGCCCUGCCAGCUCGUAUAUGAAGAUAGGCUGCGCUUUUCACAACCUUGUGCCACGGACAUUUGUUGCCAUGCAGAGUGGGGUGGAACUUGAUUCCGAUUUGUCAGCUGUGAUAGAAGUACUUUUGGCUGACACAGGGAGGUGUGAGCAGGUUGUCUCAAAUGUCUAUACUCAAGAAGAUCUUCAGCAAGUGGUGAGCGAGAUGUUGGACAACCAGGUAGACUAUGCUACGCAAAACUCCAUUCGGAAGAAGCUGAUUUGUCAGGAAUUGAGCUCCAAAGAUUUUCGAAAGAAUGCAUUCCUGAUUGACACUUUACUUCAACCUUUUGAGCAUGGGGUCAAUUUCUGCUUCAAGCGAACUUCCACCCUUCACGAACUUUGCGCUCUUGGGACCGAUCAUCCAAAACAUCAUGAACUUAUGCAGCAAAGCAAAGGGAAAUUUCUUCAUGCAGUGACAGGGGGACUUGGAAAAGAGCUCAUUUCAAGUUUCAUGACAAAUCUGAAUUUCAGGCUGCAUGAUUCAAUUGAAAUCGGUCUUGGAGGUGAAGUGGAUGAUUCUUUUCUACAACAGGUAUUCAAUCUGGUCAUUGUUUGCUGCACUGAUACCUGGAGGCGCUUUGUGGACGAAUUUGACCAAACACCUUUCUCACUAUUUCAAUUGAUCGGGCUUUCAGACGACAAGUUCAUCAAGGAAUGGUGUUCUUUGUGCUGCAAGUUUCAAGCUUGCACAUCCUGUGUGGACGAUACAUUCACAGCUACACUACUUUCAGCUUUCCCAGAAGAGGUCUGGCAAGGGUCAGCAGAACAAAAAGUAGCAUUGAAAGCCAAAAUUGAAUCCUUGCUUCUGGACAUUGCAGCUUGGUGUCCAAUGACAUCAGAUGCUGUAGAGGUGCGGAAUGGAAACAUACAGUGGCUGCUGUCCAGAAGAGGAAAUGUUCAGCUCAAAGGGGUGCACAGAGCCGUUGAGGAGAGCAUCCUACAAUGUCUCAUCAAUCGGCGCCAGUGGGUUGCACAUGUCUUGGAGUGUGGUGAUUUACCUUCCAAGCUAUCAGCUUCUUCCAUCAGGAAAAUGAGUGGAUCAAAAAGCAGCAACCAGUUUACGAAGUCCUUGGGGAAAACACCGAGAUCAAGGACUUCCCAAGAGACCACAGCGGAAAGGCAUGCAAGAUUGGAGCAUUCCAGGACAAGAAAGAUCCGUCAAAUUUCAGGAUGGAACGUGUUUCAGAGAGAUUCCAUCAAGGAAUGCAAGAUGGGAGCGCUUGAUCCUGCAGCCUACAGUAGAGAAGUCAAGCAGUUGAGCUCCACUUGGGCAUCCAUGUCACAAGAGGCAAGGGAGCCAUAUCUUCUGCAAGCAGCGCACGAGAACCAAUUACGUGAGAAGCUUCAAGAGACACCUCUGGUGACACAGGCUGAGAUCGCUUCAAAGACCGCUUCUUCAUCAUCGACCAAACUCCCUGAACAAGAAGUUGGCCGCAGUGGUUGCAAAAAGUUUUCUUCUCGCCGACUGGCUUUGAACGAAGAGGUGUACAAGAAUAAUGAGGUUUGGAAUUCCAAGACCCAGUUCUCUGACAGCGAUGGGGCAUUCAAGAAGAGUUUGAUCGAUCUUGCCGUGACAAAUGAGACAAUUGAGUCUGUUUUGCAGCAAUCAAUUCAUCAACCUGCAGAAAGUACCUUGAUCAACGACACUGUAGAUGUUCAAGACCAAUGCUCAGCAGACUUGUGUGAUUCCUCUCCUAUUUCCAAGACAGUCUCAACCUUGGUUCUCAGAUUUGCCGAUAUCUUGGCAGACAGAAAGCUUGCAGCUGGGGCAUUUUUGUCUUUCAGGGCAUCCUUCAUUGAUGAACCUGUUACUUGCUUUUUGGGUGUGACGCUGCAGCGGCCAAAAGUGCAAACACUUGUGUUAGCUUCACUUGACGGCAAUGAUGGUCGUAUCAAAUUCCUGGUUGACAGUUCCGGGGUUCCCAGAUUUUCCACUUCCAAGAAAGUGUUCUGCUCCUUUUGCAGCAGCUAUUCAAGAGGUGUGGAAGGACAAAAUGACACUGAGUGCCUCAACAUCAUGUUCAACGUGGACAUUUUAGACUAUGCUGUCACAUGGGAGGAUGGGCAUCAGCUGAUUGCUGUAGCCAAAGAUCUUCUUGCCAGUUCUGAGAUCACCACAAAAAGACAAAUACCAUCCAAGAGGAAAGGUCAUGGCACACUCCCUUUUGGGUUGAAGCUUCCGAGUCGCAGGAAAGGGACUGGUGCAAAGCAAAAAAAGUGCAAGGGCCAUGGUCUUGGCAUCAAGAAAGCCAACAAGAAAAAGAAGACGUUGCAUCAGUCAUCAUCAAGCGGAUCCAGCGAUGCGCAGAGUUCUCAGCAGGACCAAGGGGGUGACAUUUGCAAUGCUGAUGCCGAUGCCAAUGCUGAGAGUGAAGUGGUUGACCCAAUAUCAGCCACCAUGCUCAGUGAGGAAAGAAUCGCACUUGAGCUUCAGAAAGAAAUUGAUAAGUCAGACCAACAAAAGCAGGAGCUGACCACAAACAUUCAGCAUGGCAAUGUCCAGACAGGCAAGACAUUUUUCUCUCAAUCUCUCGGGCUUGAUUCAGCUAGCAAAGCAGUAUCUUCACGCAGCUUGUGCCUUUUUUGCAAAGCAAAGAUCCCCAAAGGGGAAGUGCGAUUUUGCUGGUACCACAACAGGCUUCGUCCAAGCGCAUGGCUUCACUCAUCUUGCGUCGUUCAAAUGAUCGAAUCAACAGGGUCUGAGGAGAUCAAGGAGGACGCAAUAUCAAAGCUCAGGGAGAUCAAGGGAAAUUCUGUUUCAUCCUCCGGUCCAAGUGAUAUCCAAAAGGCAGCAGGAAGUAUUCUCAGUAUGUUGUGCCAAGACUCGUAG